ACGAUGCCAUCAUCGUGGACUCGUCGGAUCCUGUCGGCCCCGCGCAGCAGCUGUUCGAGAGGCCCUUUUUUGAGAGCAUGGCGAGAGCUCUGCGGCCCGGAGGUGUAAUCUGCACGCAGGCGGAGAGCCUUUGGGCGCACCUCGGGGUCAUCGUGGGCAUUGCCCGUACGUGUAGGGAGGUGUUCAAAGGUGAGGUGAAUUAUGCCUGGACCAGUGUGCCGACCUAUCCCUGCGGCACCAUCGGAUUCAUGCUGUGCUCAAAGGAGGGCGGCCCGGCUGUGGAUUUCCAGCAUCCGUGCACGCCAGUGGAGAGACUGUUGGGUGCUACCUCCCAUGCCCAUGCCGAUGCCUCGUCAGCGGGCGAAGGUAAGGAUGAGGAUUCCGUGGCGGCGGCGGCAAAUGUGGAGAAUGGAGGAUCGACUGCGAUCCCACUACCCCCGUUGUCGUACUACAAUUCGGACAUUCAUACGGCGGCGUUCUGUCUGCCGCAGUUUGCGAGGGAGGCAUUGGAUCCGGUGCUCACACCCAAAUCUCGGUAAUCUUGUCGUGCAAGCUGGACCAGGGGAUCAACCAAGCGGCCAUUUUUCUGAUCGUGUGGUUCGCCGUCUGCUCCUGACCGGAUCAUAGCGACAAGAAGGGCGUGACGAGCAACGCAAGAAGCGGGUUUUCUCUUCUCCGUCGAAACUAAUUGUUGCAGAAGAAGACGAUUGGGCACAUCCUCCGCGGUGGACCCCGAAAAAGGGGGUUUGCCCUCCAUUGUUGAGGGUAGGGGAUGGAGAAGGGCGAACCACUGACCACACUUGAAGAAACAGUUGGUGGUAGACCUGUUAACUGGUCGCCUGCUGAAGUUGCGGCUGGGCGAGGCAGUGAACUGGUUCGUGCACCGCAUUGGAUGUCGCUUCUUUUCUUUUCUUACUGUCUUCUUUAUUUUUCUUCUUUCUUCUCUCUUUCUUUUUUUUAUUUCUCCGUCUCGCUCUCCAACAGCGUCACAAACUGACUGUAUUUGUCAAAAUCUGUUAAUGAAUCGAUUAUUCACUCAGCGAGACUCAUGCUCAGCCGCGCGCUAUGAUUUCCUUUAUACGCGCGCAUUGAAUGCACAACCGAUGUAGCCCCGCCCCGCUUCCUCUCCUCUGUCACGCCUUUUAGGCGCAGUUUUCGACGCGGCAGUUUCACAGCAGCUCCGCUGGUGGCACUGCUGCUAUGAGGUUGUGGGCUCGCUCCCCUUGCAAUGUUAUCCCCGGGCAGUUUCGCGGCGUUGGCUCCCCUUGC